AUGCCGCCCAAAGCAGCGCCAGCUGCACGCCGCAAAGGCCCUUCGUUCAAACCUCCACGUCCUGUCAAGCCGGCCGCUUCUACUGCCGCAGCUAAACGCGCCCCGAAUGCUACCGCGCCGCGACCUGCACCUGCAAAACCCUCAGCUGCGCGUUCAGGCUUCCACCCUGUAACGACCAUCGUCUCAUCCGAUGAAGAGCAAGAUGCUGAAUUCGACGACCUCCCCUCAGACAUCGACGCGCUCAUGGAGGAUGCCCUCGAUGAGGAACCCACGCCGCCGCAGCCCGUAGCGCUCGAUCUGUCCACACCACCAAUACCGGCUCCUCUCCUGGUGAGGCUGCUUCAUCACAACUUCCAGAAUGAGAAUACGCAAAUCCAGAAGGGUGCCAUGAACUUGUUUGGAAGCUACAUGAGCAUAUUUGUUCGCGAAGCCAUUGCGAGAGCCAAGGAUGAGCGCGAAAGAGCGGGUAGAAGUGGCGGAGGUGCAGGGAGCCGAUUCCUGCAGGUGGAGGAUCUGGAGAAACUCGCGCCAGAGCUUUUGCUCGACUUCUGA